AUGGAAGACUUUGCCAUGGCUGAUGGGAGCCCUUUGACUAGAGACUGGGACUUAUCAGAAUUGGGCUUUGUCUGGCGACAAUGUGAAGGUUGGGCUGGGACACCUGUCUCCUGUCGCGAUCCUGGGCAGAGCACAGACCGAGUAUCCCUGAGCUGCCUGGGUGGGGAAACGUCGCCUCAGGGCAAGGAAAAUGAGAACUUGAAGGCAGAAACUCCAACAGGACUCCACAAAUGCAUGAUUGCUAGUGCAAGACGGAUGAGCAGAGACUCCCCAGCCCCUACUAAUCCUAGUGCUCAUCAAAUCAAUCAUGACCCAGAUGAGGAGGAAGAAAGCAAGCACCCAGGGAACCACCAGAGCCCGGAGAACAGCCAGAAAUUCCUCACAGGAGCACUCAGAAGCAGAUUUCUGGAUGGCAGAAUUCCCAGCCAGACAAAUGCCCAUUGUAGCUCGGUACCAACUGGAGACCAGUCCCUAUCCUAUAUUCAUGGCCUCCCCAGGAGAAAGCUCAGAGCCUGGUCUUUGGAACAGAUGGCAAGGGGAAGCUCUGACCAACCUGAGGAUUUUGGCCAGAGGCCAAGUGGAACAACAAGAGAAGAUGCUUUUCUUCUUGCCCUGGUCAGAAGAGAGCUUCACGCACGCCCUUUGAGCUCCAGCUUACUAGAAAAGCUUCAGAAAGAGCUGAAGACCCUGGAUCCUAUCUCUUCGGGAUUUCUUCUCCAGUCUCAACUGAGCCGUCUUUUCUUAAGACACGAAGUCCCUCUACAGUUACCAACAGUCAAGGUCCUGUGCCAGAGAUUUUCUAAGAGGGACUCUCCAGAAAUGGUGAGCUAUGGGAAACUCCUCUGGUUUUUAAAAGCUGCAGCUUCAGAUGAUCCACAGCAAACCCAAAGAGAUGUGGGCAGCAACGAGGGCAAGAGUCAGGGAUAUCACGAUCAUGGCCAAAGUACUGCUCCUCAAGGUGCCAGCUCACAGUCAGAAGUGAGCAAGAGCCUGUCGGAGAUUUUGAUGGCAUUAAGGACAACUAAUGGCAAACUCAACAUAGAGAACCUCAGUCGGAAUUUUCGAAGGGAAGAUCGCUUGUUCUCUGGCUCCCUGCCCCUACCCAAGGUCCGGGCUAUCUGUGGAAAGCAUGGAUUAUAUCUGACUUUGAGUUUUUUGGAAACAUUGCUAAACCAUCAAGAUUUGGGUUACUAUGGUGAAAUAAAGUGGCAGAAUUUUGUUGAACUGUUGAGUAAAGCUUCCUCUGAUUUGCCACACGAUUUGCCUACAGGCAAGAAAGCAAAAGAAACCUCCGCCACUACAACACAGGCUGAAGUUCCUAAGGUGUCUCAAGGCCAAACAGAACAUAUGAAAAUUCCAGAAGAGGAGCUGCAACCAGAAAACCCUCCUGCUGAGAUUUCAGCCCCCAAAGGUCCCCUGAAGGCUUUGCAGUUCAGGCCAAUCUCACAGCCUUUCAUGACUCCAAUGGUAAAGAACAGGAAUGAGUCUGAAGAAUAUGAGACAUGGAUUGACAGGUUCAGGAAGCUGGAAAAUGCCCUCUACCUGUGUGACCUGAGUAAUACAGGAGUCCUGGAAAAGGAACGGGCCAGACGCCUCAUUCACAACUACAAUCUCAUUUACAACCUGUCCCUGAGCCCUCGGAAAAUCGACCAAGCCUUGCGGAGAUUCUGUGCAGGAGAAAAUAUGCUCUUGGAGCCAGCACUUCGGUACUUAAAGGAGCUAUGAUAACAAACCCAUAUUGUGAGAACAGAUGUUUCCCUUUUCUUCCUUUCUACCCAGACACGUGUUUCUCCCCAGCCCGUGUAUGGUGGCAAAGGCACUGUCAGAGUCAAGGCCGAUUCAGCAACUGGAGAUGCUUUGGACUUGGACUUCAUUUCUGGCUAUGCUGCUCCCUUCUAGGCAGCCUAGAGUGACCCGAAAAAAACAGGUUUCCUCUCCUGGGGUGGCAAGAAUCCAAUGUCUUAAAACCCCCUUUAAUUCUAACAAAGCUCCUUGUUAACAUUACAUGGUUUUGUCCCCUA